AUGGCCAGCGAAUCUCCUACCCGCUUCGCCUUCGCCUUUGGCAUGGCCUCGGGGCAUAUUAACCCCUCCUUGCCCGUGGCACGGGCUUUGGUCAAUCUCGGGCAUGAGGUGCACUACUUCUCUCGAGAGCAGAUGCGGUCUGCCAUCGAGGACACCGGGGCGCACUUCACCAACGAGCUCGAAGAGUGCACGGAGCUCUACGAAGGUCGGAAGGAAGACUUGAUGGGAGCCAAUGAAGCCCUGAAGGCCGAGUACGGCUUGGAGGAGGACCCGAUGAUUCUCACCUGGAUAAAGUUGGCACCAAUCGCCUUGGAACUGGCUUUGCCGGGCGUGCUGCGUUGGAUGCAGCGGCUUCAGCCCCACGUCUUGGUCUUCUGCCCUAUGCUUAACAGGGAUGCUUACUUUGCGGCCAAGACCCUCGGUAUCCCCUGUGUGCCCCUCUUGACCACGGCCGGCCCUGGCAGUCUUGUACCUGUGGUCUCACAGUUCCUGUCGUGGUCCGGGCUCAGCAUGCCUGAGGCCAUCGACCGAGCCCGGCGCUUCUCGCCCACAGCAAAGGCCGUUCAAAAUCUGAGGGAUCUGUAUGGCAUCAACUACGAUGCCGAGCUGGACCUCAGUGCCAAGAUCCCGGGUAGCAUUGGCUGCUUGAUGCGCAGCCCUCUGACCAUUGUCACCACCUGUGAAGACAUGAAGGAUCCAGCGCCGGCCGACAUGGAGGCCGCCUACUCUUCGGCCGGCGCGAACUUCGUCUACGUCGGGCCCCUUCUGGACGAGCAGGGAGCGCGACGGGCGGCCGGCCACAGGUUCGCGCAGUUCAAGGCCUCCGGGUCCAGCGGCCUUACACCUUGCGGGGAAGCCGUGCAGGAGCUGAUGCGGGCUCGUGAAGCUGGGCGUUUGAUUGUGCUGGCCAGCAUGGGAACAGUCAUCACUGGGGACAGCCCCGAUUGGGGCUGGGCUGUGAAACCCGUGGAAUCACAGAGACAGGGGCUGACCGGCAAGCAGCUCUGCCAGGCGGCCUGGAGUGGUGUUUUCCAAGCGUUUGGUGCCCAGGAAGGAGACAAUGUAGAGCAGGCUCCGCUCAUUCUGCUCUCAAUGGGUCCGCAGAAGGACGCGCUCGAGGGCCUGCAGGUGCCUCGAAAUGCGCUCUGCAUGCCGGUCUUGCCCCAGGUGGACCUGCUUAGGGCAGGGGUGGACAUCUUCCUCACCCACGGAGGCCAGAACAGCUUCAUGGAAUCACUGGCCGCUGGGGUUCCCAUGGUGGUGUGCCCUGGUUUUGCUGAUCAGCCGGCGAACGCCCAGAAGGCAGAGGAGCUCAAAGUGGGCUUGCAGGUGCCGCGGCCUUGUCCGGGAGAGGGCGAGGAGGGCCCAGCGACGGCGGCCUACACGGCAUCGGUGGCAGAGGCCUUGCGCCGGGUGCGCUCGGAGCCCACCUUCCGCGUGGCAGCUGCCGAGUGCGGUCGGAAGAUCACAGAGGCGGGGGGCGUUCGGCGGACGGUGGACAUCCUCCUCCAGAUCAGAGAGCAGCAGGUGCUUCCGACCCUCCUGGGCACACGCAGCACCGUUGCUGCCAAGGAGUGUAAGGCCCGCUUGGAUGGGCCAGCCGGUCUUGGCCAGCCGUAUCCAGCCAAAGUGCAUUUGUGCAGUCCGUGGAAGGCCAACGAUCGCGGGGGCUUAGACUACAACAUGGACUCGGCUGUGACCGGGCCGGGCUCCGUGAACUUUGCGACGAUCACGGAGAAGUUCACCGUGAGUUCGAACACAUUCUCCUUGUUUAAUUGCAUGAACGUGAUGCGCUACACCAUCGAGGAGACCAUCGUGAAGGUGGCCCACAUGGCUCCGGCCGCCCAGUCUACGGCUUCGGACCACGACCUGGGUGAGACGGCUCCGGCGGUCUUCUACCAGUACCUGAUCAAGCAUGCGAACGGAUCCUUGAUGGCGCAGUCUUCUCAGUACAGAUUGCCAGAAACAGACAUCAACUUCACAUCCUUCAUUCCCGGCAGCCUGCAGACCGACGUCUUUGCUAUGGCGAAGCGUCAGGGGCGCUGGGAGGGCACCGAGUGGCGCAACUGCCGCACGCCGCAGCAGGGCUGGAACAUCUCCUUCCCCGAGAAGAAGGGAGACAACCUCAUUGCCAUCGCCACUGUGCAGGAUCUGCAAGUAGCUGCUUUGGCAGUCUUGACCUUGCUGGCGUGGCGAGAAGAGACCGUCGGCUCGGACGGCUUUGAGCAUGCAGGUCAGUUCUCCCUCUACUGGUCUCUGGUGCGCCCUUUGUGCUCGAGUGAUCCGCAAAGCAAAGAUUACAGAUGUUUAGGUUGUUUUGGAGCAAACGGUUCUGGGAUGUUUUGGGGCUUCCGGGUUGUAGUUAUCCUGGAGUGUACAGCUGGUUCAUGA